CGCAGCCAGGGAUGAGAAACUUGUCCCGGAUAUUUACCUAACUAUACCUGGGUCUUCCGACGCGCCCCGUCCCGAGGUUCUCACAGCGGACAGUCUGAGGAAUACGAUCCGUCUCUGAAGUUGGAUAGGUACAGAAUCAGUGUGAGACAGGCUGGCCUGGAUCCAUUAAUCAUUCACCUGGAAACCAAGACAGGACACAUGUCCCAACUCAGUGACAAGGUCAGGGCAGGGUGUUUGUCUUGAGAGGGAAGCAGAGUUACCGUGGUAACAGACAUGCCAAAACUGGACCUGCUCUGCCUAGUUCAGCUGCUGGACGGCACGAUCGAGACCUUCAGACUCAGCAAGCAGGAUGAAGGUGUGGUUCUGUUGGACCUAGUAUGCGACCACCUGGGCCUGCAAGAGAGGCAGCUCUUCAGUCUGCAGAUCAGAGAAUCGAGCACAGCCAACACACACUCUCCUAGAUGGCUGGAGCCUGAGAAGCCCUUGAAGAAGCAGAUAAAAGGUCUUGCAUCUCCCUUUUAUCUGAACUUCAGAGUACGUUUCUUCAUCUCUGAUCCUAACUCUCUGCAGCAUGAACAGACAAGGCACCUGUACUUCCUCCAGAUCAGGAGUGACAUUAGAGGACGGUUGCAGUGUCCGCUGAGUGCAGCUGUAGUGUUGGCCUCUUACGCCAUGCAGUCGGAGAUGGGGGAUCACUGUCCGUCUAGACUCCCCGGUUACCUCUCCAAGUGCUACUUCAUUCCUGAGCAGGAUGAAGACUUCCUGUCUAAAGUGGAGGAACUGCAUCCACAGCACAAGGGGCUGAAGCAAAGCGAAGCAGAGCUGUGUUUCCUCAACACAGCACGAACGCUGGAGUUGUAUGGAGUGGAGUUGCAUGCUGCCAGGGACACCAACGACGCCCCUCUGAUGGUGGGUUUGGCCUCCAGUGGUGUUGCAAUAUUCUGUAAUAUGAUUUGCUCCAGUUUCUUCCCUUGGGUGAACAUCAUCAAGAUUUCAUUCAAGAGGAAACGCUUUCUUAUACAUCUGAAACGUAAACAUGGGGAGACACAGGACUGUGAGGUGUCUCUGGUUCUGCCCUGUCCCAAGACCUGUAAGAACCUGUGGAGGUCCUGUGUGGAUCAUCACUCCUUCUUCAGCUCCAACCGGACUAACAAGACCCCAAAAAACAACAACAGCACAGUUCAGUCCUACAAAAAGCUGAUAACACAACACCUGGGCUUCGGCAACAGUAAAACUGAGAGCGGCCCAGUGUGCCUGCGUGUGGUGGGUGGGAUGGUGUGGAACCCAGUCGUGCAGAGGUCGAUUUCAUCAGAGCACCUCGAGACCAUGAGUCUGCCCUCUAGAUCGCCCCCUAACACCCCCAACUGGCGAAGUCCUCGAGUUCGUCACGGUAUCCGUAAGCCUCGCCCAUCCUCGGUUGAACUGACCAAUGACCUGAAAGACAUGUCGGAGGGGGAGGAUGUCUUCUACACAUACAGGGCAUCAGUGAGCAGCAGCAAGGACAGCGAGGGAGACGCUUCACCUCAUCAGUUAGAAAUCCUUUCUGGCUCUCACAGCCACGGGAGAGAUUUGUUGCAAAUGGACGGCAGCCUAGGAGAGGAGGAUGGUGAGCAGAGCUCACACCACUAUGAUAAGGGUGUUCUUGGCGACGGUGACUUGAUGCUUUUAUGUAUUGCCCCCGAUCAUGACGGCAAGUUUGGCUUCAAUGUUAAAGGUGGGGUGGAUCAGAAGAUGCCUCUAGCCAUAUCCAACGUAAAAGCUGACUCUCCGGCCGGUCGAUGUGAGCCCAAACUCCUGGAGGGAGACCUGGUGGUGCUCAUCAACGGUCGAGACAUUUCUGAACACACACAUGAUCAGGUUGUCAUGUUCAUAAAAGCCAGCAGAGAGUCACACUCCAGGGAGCUGGCCUUGCUCAUCAGACGUAAAGGUCCUGGCCGGGUGGCGCCCCUGCUGCAGUUACCUCCCGCCCUCACACUCACCGUCCAAUCACAGGGAGACAAGCCGUCCCCUAGCCCGUCGGAGCGGGUCACGACACUGGAGGAGUCGAUGAGACAGCUGGAGAGAGGAAUACAAUCGGGCACACUCUGUUUUCAUUUUGAGAAUUUAUACAGGAGGAAGCCUGGUCUGUCACUAAACUGUGCUCGGCUCCCUGAGAAUAUGGACAAGAAUCGAUAUAAGGAUGUUUUACCUUAUGAUGCUACCAGAGUGGUGCUCCAGGGCCAGGAGGACUACAUUAACGCCAGCCACAUCACGGUGGCGCCCCCAGAGUCUGCUGUAUGUUUACGUUAUAUUGCUGCUCAGGGUCCAUUGCCACAGACCUGCACUCACUUUUGGCAGACUGUUUGGGAGCAACAGACACACACCAUCAUCAUGCUAACAACUCUGACAGAGAGGGGACGGACUAAGUGCCACCAGUACUGGCCGCAUCCGCCGGAAGUGAAGGACUACGGGCACAUGCGGGUGAAGUGUCACUCCGAGGAGUGUAACCUGGCAUAUGUGACAAGGCAGUUCACUCUGACACACACACAGCGGGGUGAGGAACGUUCAGUCACACACCUGCAGUAUGUCGCGUGGCCCGACCACGGCGUACCUGAUGACCCUUCAGACUUCCUGCUGUUCAUCAGCUCGGUCCGGGAGAGGAGGAGAGGUGAAGAGCCACUAAUGGUACACUGCAGCGCUGGGAUUGGACGGACAGGUGUUCUGAUCACCAUGGAAACGGCGCUGACUCAGUUAGAUGAGGGUCGGCCGAUUUUUCCGUUGGACAUUGUCAAUACAGUGAGAGAUCAACGAGCCAUGAUGGUUCAGACCACGUGUCAGUUCCAGUUUGUGUGUGAGGCCAUUCUGCGAGUCUACAAAGAGAAACAGGAGGAGUCUUCAGCACCGUAGCCCAAAUCAGCAACAGGACCAGAACAGACACACUUACCGUUUCAGCCUCAUCUCAUUGCAGGCGACAGCCACCGAGGGAUUUACAGCGCUAUAGCAGAUUAACCUCUGUCACCGCCUGACUGGUACACGGACUGUAUAAUGAGAGUAUAACCAGCUUCAGAGCACAGCUGUCUGUGAUCUGUGUAGCCUAGAUUCAAUGUGAGAGUAUGAAUCUUACACCUAGUCAGCCUUAGUGUUUGCUUAUUAAGCUUGUAGAGGCUGCGGUCUCCAUAGAGACUGAUGUAAUACUGAUGUGAGCUGCUAAUUUCUGUCCAAUAGGCCACUCAGGAAUGCUGCCUCUACUUAUUAAGCUAUGUGUGCCUAAGACUGAAACCUCCCAGUCGAUGGAUCGAACAGGGCGGCAGAGGCAGACCAGGAUCGUUAUAAUCUGUAGUUUAUCUGUGUGUCCAAAGACGAAGAACAAGGCAGGCUUUAGAUCACUACAGAAGAUACUGUAAGGUCAUGGUGGUGCAGCACCGCAUGCCGUCCGCCAGAGGAGCACCAAAACCCCACUCUUCAACACUCUUAAAUUAUUAGCACACUAAAUAAACUCUGAUUUAUACUCAUGUGUCUGCUUUGUAAUUUCCUCUGAUAGUGAACAUCAUAAAUUAGAUCAUUAAAUAGGGAUAAGUCACUUUCUGUUGAGAUUCUUUAAUGUUACAAUCUUAGGCCCUGUUACCUCUGGACAAAAACCCCACUAACAUCUGGCUUUUGGAAACAGCGUUUAUUCCUUGGAAAGAUAACUCUGCAGUUGUCGUUUAUCGGCAGUGAUGGAAAGAUGACAGGGUGGACACGCUCAUUUUCAACCCUUUUUCUGAUGUGACGAAAAAUCACCAACUCAGGCUUUUAUGAGCUUCAAAGAAAGACUAAGUAAAAAAUAUAAAACGUAAAUACAUUAAUCCACCGUAGCAUUGAGCCGCUUUCUGCCGGGUUUCCCGUGUUUAAAAAAACCUGCGUAUAUGCGCUCAUUUUGGUGGGACAAGGGUAUACGGUCUCCUUUUCUAUUCCGGGAAUGUCGCCACAGUCACCCAGUUUAUAAUACUGCAAAUGUAAGGGCUUUCAUCAGCGAUAGGCUCAAUAACCUCUGUGUUACCUCAUCUGGUGAGAGAUAGUGACUUAACAGACAUUUAUUUAAAUUAAAAUCCUAUAGAUAAUUACUUAAAGGCUAUGGGGUGUCUUUUUAUACUCGCCUUUUUCACUCUUCCCUGCAGAAUGAAGCUGCUGAAGUAAAAAUAAUAGUUUGCUUAACCUUCAGCUGAAUGCCUCUGAAGCUGGCAUCCUACCGGUGAAUGUAUCUCAGCAAUACAAAUCAGCACAAACUGACAAAUAUUGUUUAAAAAAAAAAGACGACACUAUAACAAAAUGUCUAAUGGCUGUGAGGAUUUCAAUAUCUGCAGGUUUAUGAUGUUCUUUUAUGAUGUUGUAUAAUUCAUGUUAUUUGUGAACUCCUUAUUCUGUAGUUCUUUUUUCAUACAGUAUAAUGCAGGCAUGAAGAGCUGGUAUGAUAUUUACAAAGUACCCACUAAUACCACUAAAAUAUGUUGGAGAAUGAUACAGAAUACCAUGAUUUCACUUGUAAAAUAUAUGAAUCAUGUCCAGAACCAACAGACUGAUGCACAAAAACCUCUUUCUUUUGUAAAUGCAUUUUUAAAAGGAUAAGGUGGAAGCACACUGAUGAAAUUGAUUUCUAUGGGAGAGUGAUGCUUGUGUACUUUCUCCCAGAAUUGAAUAGUUCUUUUCUCUUUAUUUCUUAGAAAGAAACCUUUUUUAUUUUCUGUGUUUGAAUCAUAGGUUUGAAUGUCGUGGGAAUGGGAAGUUAUAUGUUUAGGAAUAUGCUGUAUUUUUCAGAUUUACAAGCACAGAAUUUGACUAUUUUAACCCAAUAAAUUGUAUAAACAACUGUGCAGUGUGGAGAGCACUUUUAAGAUCUUCAGGAUGGCAAAUAUUUUACAGAAAAUAUAAUUGAAUAGAUAACUAAAUGAAUAUUUACAGUAAAGUGUAUAUAUAAUUAUUAAAUAAUACAUUAUUACAUAAUUGUGUGUUUCUUCCGCGCUUUUAAUGUUUUUUUGGAAAGCACUUUG